GGCCCUCCUCCUUUUUCUCCCAGCCAGCUUUUACCACCAGCUCCGGCCUCGGCUCACCUUCCAGAGCCCCUUCCCCGGAGCUGAGCUACCAAAGGGCUUCUCUCCCGCCCUCAGCCCAGCAGCACCACAGCUCCGGGGCAGCCCGGCCGGCCAGCCUCCCCCCCAGCUCAGCCCUGCCCGAGUCCUCCAGUCAUGAACCUCUUCCGAUUCCUGGGAGACCUCUCCCACCUCCUAGCUAUCAUCUUGUUACUGCUCAAAAUCUGGAAGUCCCGAUCGUGUGCGGGCAUUUCAGGGAAGAGCCAAGUCCUGUUUGCUGUGGUGUUCACUGCCCGAUAUCUGGACCUGUUCACCAACUACAUUUCACUCUACAAUACCUGCAUGAAGGUGGUCUACAUAGCUUGUUCCUUUACCACGGUGUGGAUGAUCUACAGCAAGUUCAAAGCUACGUAUGAUGGGAACCACGACACUUUCCGGGUGGAGUUCCUCGUUGUUCCUACUGCUGUUUUGGCGUUCCUGGUUAACCAUGACUUCACCCCUCUGGAGAUCCUCUGGACUUUCUCCAUCUACCUGGAGUCAGUGGCUAUCUUGCCACAGCUGUUCAUGGUGAGCAAGACGGGCGAGGCAGAGACCAUCACCAGCCAUUACCUGUUCGCACUGGGUGUCUACCGUACACUCUAUCUCUUCAACUGGAUCUGGCGCUACCACUUCGAGGGCUUCUUUGACCUCAUCGCCAUUGUUGCUGGCCUGGUCCAGACAGUCCUCUACUGCGAUUUCUUCUACCUCUACAUCACCAAAGGUAGCUGGGGUGCAGGGCUGGCUGGAAGGUCUGCUCCCUCCCCACUCCUAUAUUCCAUGGGCCCAGGGUCUGUUUAUGCCUAAAUAUCACUUGAGGGAUGGGGCUUCUUUUUCUGGCUUUGGGGGUUUCACUAUCCCCUAUUUAGACUCCAAACCCUGUGUCCCUGAGGCUCAAAUUUUGACUCUCAGGCUGGAUUACUACAAGUGGAGAACAGGCAGAGCAGGGACUCUUGUCCAGUGAGAUUCAUUCAUCUCAUUGUAUGAACUCUUGAGUCUCUGUCGUGUCAGCUGUAGUGGAGACGGUAGCCGAGGCCCAUCCUCUCUUAGGUCCUGCUGAGGAUGGUGGUGCAUGAGCCGUAUGGGAAGACUCUAGCGAUGAGAGGAGCACUGAAUGGGUGAAGGCAGGCAUGCAUUCUUGAGGGGAUGAGGUACCAGGGUGGGACCUGCCUUAACCACGGCCUGUGGGCAUCUUAAAGUGAUGAUUAAGCAAAAACCUAAAGGCCGGGAAUCAGUAUGUGAAGGAAAGAGGCAGUAAGGCCCAGUCUGUUAUCCCAGCACCGUGGAGGCUAAGGCAGGGUUGUGCUGAGUUUCAGGCUAGCCUAAGCAUCACAAAAAUACAAAGAGUCUGGGACAAGCAAGACAAGAGCUUGGAGGUCAGGUUGUACUCAGGCCCAAGAAUUAAGGCUUGGCGCAUUGGAAGGGGUAGGGAAUCUUGUCAACCCUGCCAGUCUGUCUACCCCUUUCUAUAGCAAAACAAAGCGUGCUUAUGACCUCCUCUGCUCAGGCCGUGUGACAAGGUCAUGAUUCUUGUUCCACUCCUGGUUGAUCUAGACUCAACCUAGUAGUUCAGGAUGCAGAGUUCUGGGGCUUCCCUUUCCUGGAACAACUCACAGCGGCCCUUGCUCAGGGUGGGAGGUGGAAGGUAAGGCCUACCUUGUCUCUCUCUCCACAGUCCUAAAGGGGAAGAAGCUGAGCUUGCCGGCGUAACCCUGGCCUCACCAGCCUUCUCCGAGGCAGGGCAGGAGGCAGAGAAGAGAAAGGCUGUGGAGACCAAGAGCCUUCCCAUCCAGAGUUGACUUUGUGAAGAGCUCACCUCUCCUGGCUCCCUGCCCCUCCAGCUGGGUUUUGGGUCCAUGGAAGACCCUUCUCCUGGGGAGCUCAGGACCUGAGCUGUUUGUAGCCUUUUGCCUUUUAGAGAAGAAAAACAAAAAACAAAUCUUUCCACUAUUUAGUUUUUGAUUCUGAUGACUUUUUUCUCUUCUACCUGGCCCUGAUUUUUUAUAAACUGUGUUUUGAGUGUUCUCUGGACCAGGGCCGGUGGAGGUCUGUCCCCUUCUCCAAGGUCCCACCCCAGCCCCAUGGUUGCCAAACACUACGUCUGCCAAUGUCUGCCUGCCCACCUUGGCUGUGACCACGAUGUUCCCUUCAAGUUCCUGGAUCGGUGGUAAGAAGGAAGAAAGUUAAGGAGGGUCUCCUAAUUUUUCAUGAUUUCCCCCCCAGAAUUUGUUAGCUUUUUGUGUGGGGGGAGGGAAGGGUAGGCUUGUCCUGUUUUUGAUAAAUAAGGGGACGCUAUGGGCUUAGGCAAGGGAAAGAGGUUGGCUGACCCAGGUGGUGACCUAACUACACUCUGACACCAUGUUUUUGUACAGAAUUUGAUGGCUGACUCUUUGUUCUCUUGAAAUAAACCAAGGAAAACUGUC